AAAUCGAUGCACUGACAGACGCCAUGUUCGGUGCUCGAUUCCAUCUACAAGGCCCAUUCGCUUAUCGGUUUUCUUGAGAGUAGUCACGACACUGGUUGGUACCGGUUGAUAUCCAUUACUGUGUGUUAUCGGAGUGGAGCAUUUUAACUAAGUUUCAGGAAUAUUCCGGAUAUUUUUUAGAUCAAAAUGCCGGGUUUUAGCAGCGCGGGCACUUUUAAAAUUUUCAUCGGCAACCUCGACGAGAAAACGAGCGUGAACGAUCUCCGUCCACUAUUCGAGAAGUACGGGAAAGUGGUAGAAUGCGACGUCGUCAAGAACUACGGAUUCGUUCAUAUGGAGAACGAGAGCGAGGGACGCGAGGCCAUUCAACAGCUAAAUGGUCACAUCCUCAACGGACAAUCGAUGAAAUGCGAGGCUGCGAAGAACAGAAAGGCGCCACAAACGCCUACCACCAAGAUUUUCGUUGGUAAUUUGACUGAUAACACGAAGGCACCGGAAAUCAGGGAAUUGUUCAAGAGGUUCGGAACGGUGGUCGAAUGCGAUAUAGUCCGGAACUACGGUUUCGUUCAUCUCGAAUCAUCCGGUGACGUGAACGAAGCCAUCAAAGAGCUGAACGGGACGAUGGUUGACGGUCAGCCGAUGAAAGUGCAGAUAUCGACGAGCAGGGUACGACAAAGGCCUGGCAUGGGCGAUCCGGAACAAUGCUAUCGCUGCGGACGCGGCGGACACUGGAGCAAGGAGUGUCCCAAGGGAAUCGGUCCGGAUCGUUUCCGUGAUAGGAUGUUCGGCAGGGACCCAUACCCUCCGCCGCCGCCUCCUCCCUUCCUUAGGGAUCGCAUGAUGGGACGAUUUGGGGAUGGGUACGACAGCUACUAUGAGAGACGAUUCGACGACUCCAGAGACAUGUACGAGAGGCGUUACUCUGGUAUGCCCCCGCGAGGCAGCGGAUCGGAAAUCAGGGGCAGGGGAGGAGACUUCCUGCCGCCCCCGAUGCCCCCACGCAGGGAACCCCUACCACCCAUGCCCUCCAUCGGUCUCAGAGGUGGACCACCGUCCAGCAGCAUGAGCGGAAGCAUGAGAGAACCAGGUUUCACUAGCAGAAGCAACAGUGAUUACGGUAUAUUCAGCAGGAGAUCGCCACCGGUCAGCGCCACCCCCAUGCCGAGAAUGAGCAGCAGAAUGUAUGAAGAUUUUAGCAGAGAUUCUUUCGACGAUAGGAGACCGAGUAUGAGAGGACCGUCUCCUUCAAGAAGAUACGCACCAUACUAGGGAUGACGAUAUUCAUCCGACUAAAUUGAUUUUAAAUCCUGAACAGAUUUAAUUCUUCCUUUAUGUAAAUGAACAUUCAAUGUUUGAUUUAUUUUGUAUAAAUAUUUAUAGUUUCUAGACUUAAGUUAUAAGUUGUAUUAUUCUUUUGUAUUCUGCUAUAGAUAUAAGAGUUUUGCAGUAACGAAACGUACUGCUGUAAUAAAUAGACUUUUCUUUCA